AUGCAGACCCAGCCACAGACCAAGCCUCGUAUCCGCCAAGGCCCCAGUCCUAGCCACAGCCUCAGCAGCCCCAGCCCAAGUAGCCCCAGCAGCUGCAGCCGCAGUCACAGACACAGCCCCAGUCACAGUCACAGCCACAAACCUAGUUGCAGACGUAUACUCGGCCCCUGCCUCAGCCCAGCUAAAACCCCUACACCAGCCCCAGCAACAGACCGAGACCAAGCCACAGACCCAGCCCCAGCACCAGCCCCUGCCCCAGCCCCUGCCCCAGCCCCUGCCCCAGCACUUGCCCAGUCAGAGACACAGCCCCAACCCCCUGUCCCAGUAAGAGACCCAGCCCCAACCCUAGACCGAGCCACAGACCAAGCCACAAACCCAGCUACAAACCCAGCCCGUACUCAAGCCCCUGCCCUAGUCCCAACCACAGACCCUGCCCCAGACACAGCCAUUGAUCAAGUCCCAGUCCCAGCCCCAGCCCCAGCAGUCCAAGUCCCAGCCACAGCCCCAGAAGCCCCAGCCCCAGCAGCCACAGUCCCAGUCUCAGCCACAGACCUAGCUGCAGACCCAGACUCAGCCCCUGCCUCAGCCCCAGCUCAAACCCCUACACCAGCCCCUGCCCCAGCAACAGACCGAGACCAAGCCACAGACCCAGCCCCAGCCCCAGUUUAUUCGUUUAUGAAGAAUAUCUAA